AAACGUCUCACAAUAUUUUUUUAGCACCCAGCAAUAACACAAACAGACAACCCCCCACCACAUCUUUAACAUGUGUAUCUUUACCAUCAGUACACCCAUCUCUGGCACAGAAUUUACGUCCAGUGAAGAGUUCACACUCACAAAACCAUCCAGGAGACUUAGUUUUCCAAUCAAGGAAGUGAUCUUUGCCAUUGAAGAAGAUCUCUCUGGCGAUCAACAAGUAAAUGAUCGUCACCACAUCCGUCGCUCCCUUUCCAUUAGUACUGAGGACUUGCCUAUACUUAUAAUGGAUUUGGACGACUCGUCCGAGAAAGCACUAAUCGACUCUUUUGCUUCCGCCUUGGAUGCAUUUCAACUGUCCUCUACUACUGGGGCCAGUAGUUGCUGCGCCAUGAAUGAUUGGUCGUCAUCUACUCACAACCGCCGCCGUAGUCAUCGUAGACGCAAUGCCAUGGCUUCCACGGACUAUGAAAAGAACAUCUUUUCUUUUGCAGACUUGUUCCUUUGAACAAACAAACAGGCCAUGAACUCGUCUUAUCUUUGGCCAAUGUUCCGGUGCACAACUUGCUGUUGGCAGGAACUCAAAAAAGCAAGCUAGGCUGACCCUCACCAGUACAGAAGCACCUCCGCAUCUCGCCAGCAUCAGCUAGACAGGAGAAAGAUCCAAUGAACAGAUGGGACUGUCAUUGCUACACACAUUUCACAAACGAAGAUGUAAUCUACUGUCAAUUCUACGUAAUAAAAUUUUGCAACAUCAACCAACCUUUUCAACAAACAGUUUUUUUAAAAUAGAUUCUUCACAAGGUGAC